GCCAGCCCAGCGGCGCACCACUUCGACUUCCUCUCCUCCUCACCCCUCUCGCUGUCGACAAUCAACGCGGUCCGCGCCCAUCGCCCAUCAUGUCGCUCGUGUCAGGCGAGAAGACGAACUUCCAGUACAUCCUGCGUCUGCUCAACACCAAUGUUGACGGCAAGCAGAAGAUCAUGUACGCCUUGACCCAGAUCAAGGGUGUCGGUCGCCGUUACUCCAACCUGGUGUGCAAGAAGGCCGAUGUUGAUCUGAACAAGCGUGCCGGUGAGCUCACCACCGAAGAGCUCGAGCGCCUGGUCACCAUCCUCCAGAACCCCACCCAGUACAAGAUCCCGACCUGGUUCCUCAACAGACAGCGCGACAUCGUCGACGGCAAGAACUACCAGGUCGUCUCCAACUCCCUGGACUCCAAGCUCCGUGAUGAUCUCGAGCGCCUGAAGAAGAUCCGCGCCCACCGCGGUCUCCGUCACUACUGGGGCCUCCGCGUCCGCGGCCAGCACACCAAGACCACUGGCCGUCGCGGUCGCACCGUCGGUGUCAGCAAGAAGAAGGGCUAAAUCAUUCGUCUUCAAAUUCCACACGGUGUUCAUUCUUUUGUCUUCUUCGAUUUUUUUUUGCGGGCCGGGAAAAAAAAGAGAGAGAGGACUGGGAUAUCUGUUGGUGUGUGUUGCAUGGGUCGUUUCGUCUUUUCUUUUUUUUUAAACAAUCUUGGUCGAGUUGUAACGAAUCCUCUUCUUUGCUCUCUCUCUCUUAUCUCCCUCGUAGGGGAAAGGGGGAACCCGUCCAAUGUUUCUAGGAAAAGAACAAGCGGAACCCCAGGGCGAUGGAUGAAUGAAAAAAACGAAAAAAUUACUAAACCAAUCAUACCAAUAUGAAAUGACGUGAACUUAUCUCUCCUGGCUAUCUUACGGUUCAUAAUACUAUCUCCUGGAUAUCGUUUU